AUGCCUGAUUUUCCUGUUUUAUACUUUGUUCGAACCGAUAAUGAAAGUGAUUGUUUUAUUAUUAAAAUAGAUGAAAAAAACUACUGUCUAAUUGACAGUGGACCUGCUCACCCUUCAUCUUAUCAAAUUUUUAAAUCUGCGAUUUUAAAAUGUAAAAUACCAAAUUUUAAAAGAAUUAUUAUUACCAAUCCUCGUAAGAAACAUCAUGGUGGUAUAACCAGAUUCUUAAAAGAAUUCUUUUUCUUAAAAGAAUUCUUUUCACCUAAAGAUAUUCAAGCUGAAGAAGUUCCAAGACUCGAUCUUGAUGUGGUACUUACUGAAGAAUUUAGCAAUAAACCGAUUAUUGAUAUUCUAAGAGACAAUGGAUUUGAAUUGGAUAAUAAAGAAACGAAAUUUGUGUAUCAAAAUAUAAUUAUAGAUUGCAUUUUCCAUAAAAACGGGAAACCAUUAAUUUUAAAGCAUAAAAAAGAUGCUGAACAAGACAUAAAUGCAGUAGGAAAUAACGAUAACGUGACAUUGAUGAGAAAUAAUGCUAAAAUUCAAAAAGAUCAGUCGAGUAUACUUACAUAUUUCCAAUAUUUUAACGACGGAAUUAAAAAAUCAAUAUUCCUCACAAGUGAUAAUGUCGCUUCAUGGAUACAUAAAGUAUUAGCUACAAGGUUAAACUUAUAUCAGCCAACGCAACAGAUUGAACGUCCAUAUAUUGAUAUCUUUCAAGUACCCCGGCAUGGGUCAAGAAUUAAUUCAAUAAUUGCAGAAACUUAUGCUAAUCCACCCAAAUAUGUACAUCAACAAUUUGCUUUAAUGAUUAUUUUAUUUUUCGGUGGGCAAUUUGAUUUUAAAAAUCUUACCGAUGAAACAAUCAUUUACAUAAAAGCUGAUUUCGAAAACAUGCUUAAUUUUACUAAUUUUGAAACAUUAAAUAAUGCGGCUCUAUUGCAAGGAUAUAAUCAAAUUUUUUCAAAUCAAACUGCAAUUAAACGUUUUUUGAAACUUAUGGCAAAAGCAUUGAUUAUUCAAAGUUCUGCAACAAACCAUAAUGCCGAUUGGGAUUGGAAUGAAAUUAAUUGGUCAGAAGUUGUAAGGAAAUUAUAUAUUAUUUAUAAAAUGAAUCAAACUUCUGGAUCACAUUGUUGGCCAAAAUAUGAUUUUAUUAGAGAUAUAAUUGAUAGCCAUAAAAAAGAACUUGAUCCUUAUUUUAAUAAUACAACAAGGGGAAAUAUUAUUGAGGAACAACUUUAUUCAUAUUUUGAUAGUAUAAAAGAGAGAAUAUUUAAAAAUUUUGAUAUCUGCAUUUCCACAAAACCUAAAAAAAUAAAACACCGAUUACAAUAUGCCAUAUAUUUUAGGCCAUUACUUAGUCCAAUGUGGCAUUGCCUUAACAUUUCCCCUUUAGCAUUUCGAUAUAUUGCAUCUUCUAUCUCCAAUUUUUAUGGAUCAUUUAUAGCAGGAACCUAUAUUAUCUCUUCAGGAUCAAAGCAUAGAUGUCCGAGCCCGUUAGCAAUGAUCGGAAUUAUUAAAUCUGUCUUGGAGGAUUCAAAUGUAAAGAGAAAUGCAAAGUUCUUGUUAUCUAAUGGAUCAAAAAUCAAUAUGAAUUUAUUAGCUUUAGUCGUCAAUGAUUUAUUGGAAAAUGAAAAAAAUAAAUCAUAUGAUAUAUAUGAACUUUUAAACCAGCGCAUUAAAAUAUAUGCAAUUAGUGAUAAUUCGUAUAAAGUUGGCAUUGAUCUUUUCAAUGGUGAAUUUGAAGAUCCAAAAAGCGUAAGACUUUUGAGUUGGAAUAGUUCUGAGAAUUUAGAAAUCAAAAAAAUUUCUGAUACCUUUAAAACUAUUCCAGAACAACCAAUUAAUAAAAUCUCUGAAUUUUAUAUCAAGAUUGUCAACGAUAAACAACUUUGGCUCGGUGUUAAUGAGAAAGGGGAUCUGGUUCCUUCAAACAAGCCUAUUUUGUUUUUUAUAUCUAAUAUACCAUUUCUCGAUCAAAUUGCAUAUCGAAUUUCUAGUUCCAAUUUUAACUUUAUUGUUAAAUUUGAUGGAAACACUUUGUAUAGUUUCUUGAUGGUGCUUGGAGAAGAACAUAGUGCACACUCUGGUUUGACAAUUGUAAAUGUGCUUAAUUAUAUCAUAAGAGCUUGUAAUGUAAAAAAGAUAUUCAAAUCCUUUUCGGAUGAAUGCUUGCUUCAUCAAGCUAAAUUAGACUCUGAAGUUGAAUGGGAAAUCACCAAGAAUAAUCUAAUUUAUAUAAAAAGUGCUAUUAUAAGGCUACAAGAAUCCGAGCUUCCAAAACUCCGUUCUUGUUCACCUUUUUACAAACAUGCUACAGCCAUGCAAGUUAAUAUUAAAAAUGCACAACUUGAUAACCUGCAAUUAGAAAUUAAGAUAGACUUGGAUAAUAAUGGAUCAAAAAGUAGCUGGGUAUGGACUCCAGAGAUUUCAGAUAUAUAUCAAACAAAAUCUGUUUAUGACUAUCUGUUAAAUGCAAAUAUCUCACAAAAAAGGUGGAAAGAUAUUACCCUUAGUUAUUUAAGUUUAUUAAUAAUGCCUCCAUUAAUGGUAACACCGGAAUUUUUAAAAUUCCCGUUACCAUUCUUAUCAGGCACUUCAUUAUUAAAUCAAAAAAUUAAUAAAGAAAUUUCGCAUAUCAAUUUUGAAGUUGGUCCUACUGGUGCUAGAUUAAUUCGAGUAGAUCUCUUUUUGGAUAAAUCAACAACAGAACAUAAGUUUCAACUUGAUAGUAUCGAAAUUUCACAAUUGACUGAUAUUAAAGUCACGAUUAUUAACUCGGAUGCUGUUAAUGGUGACCCUAAUAUAACCAUCGAGGCUCGUGCAAAUAUUAGAGAUAAUGAAGUAAAGAUAUUAAUUCAAAAUGAAAAUGAACAAUUUUUAACUGCGAAAUUUAACAAUAAUACAACUCUCGCUAAUAUUGCACAGGCUUUAAAUAACUCCGAAAAUGUAUACAAUAAACUUGUUCCUUUAUAUGACAUAUUACUGGAUGAUCUUUUAAAAGACAUUAAUCCAGAAUUUAAUUUAUUAUUUUAUCCGGUAACUGAGGCUCCCACGAUGAAUUUUUGUCUUAAAAGUAUUAGCAUUUUUGCGAAUAAUUUCCCUAAAAUGGAGAAAUUCAUGCCUCCUCAAAUUUACAAAAAUUUAGGAUUAACAAAUAUAUUCAUUGAUAUUUCUAUAUAUGAUCCAUUAUCUAUAGAAAAUAUAAUGAUUGGUUUAAAUAUCAAAUUUAAUCUUUUAACCGUGGAUGAUAAAAAACUUGCUGGCAACCUUUCUUAUCAUCCUGUAAAAAAUACAGAACAGCCGAUAUUGGUUUCUAUCAGACCUCAAGAUUUAUAUGAUAAUAAUAAUGAUCCACUAAACUUGAAAGAAUUGCUAAAAACUAUCGAUUUAUAUGAUACCUUUGAAAAGCUUAAUGAAGCUGCACCAAUGUUAUGGUGUCAUUUGAAAAAUUUAGAGUCCGUGGAAUUUCAAUAUCUUGACUUACAAAUUAAAUUGAAUGAGCAGAAUGCUAUUUAUGAAAUUGGUGAUUUUAGUCUAGGUAUUUUAAUUCCAAAGUUUAUAAUUAAAAGGGAUGUUAUUGAAGUUACAAACGCAAUCAUAGGUUUAGAAUAUAAUGGUAUGCAAUGGUCAGGAAAUAUCCAGGGGAUAGUCGAGAUAACUGGAAAAGAUAGAAGGUAUAAUUGCCAGAUCAAAUAUAUGUUACCAACAAAAGAGCAGUUUGGAAAUCUAUUAAUUACAAACUUUAAUGACGAUCUCAAUUUAAAAGAGACACUUCAAAUUUUUCAACUUGAAAGCAUUUUCGAAAUUCCUGUUUAUGGAAAACUUUUUGAACCUAUGAAAAUUUCAGAGAUUAAUAUUAAUCAAGUUAAUUCGGACAAUUCAGAUUUUAUUAUUCAAGAUUUGUUGUUUAUACUUCAAGCGAAUAAACUUGAGCUAAAACCUUUAACUAUUGAACAAUUGGAAGUGUGUAUUUCUUAUUUUCCUCCAGAAAAUGAUACGGAUUCAGCAACAUGGAAAUUCAGAAUUGAAGGAAAUAUUGAUUCAAUGAUUGCAACAUUAAACUAUAAUAAUGAAAAACGUAACAUUCAGGCCACUUUAGUUCCUGUUAAAAGUAAAAAACUUAAAGAUAUUACAAGGUUGCUUAUAGAAAUGCCUGAAUUUUCUGAUAAUUCAAUGUAUUAUGAGGUAUGCGAUUCAGAAAUAACAAACGUUGAAUUGGAUAUUAAUACUGGUGUGAAUAGUGUUUAUAUUGAAUGUUUUUCAACCAAAUUAGUAAAGGUAUUACCAUAUGACGAAUUCAUUCUUGACAAUUUAUCAUUUAAAUAUGAGGUAGCGAAAAAUCCUAAUCAAGUAGCUCCACCUCAUAGAAAACAUAUAUUAGAAGCCACAAUUUCUCGCAAGAUAGCUAAUCAUGACGUUUGUGCAAAAAUAGAAAUUGAUUGUUCUGAAAAUGUCGUAGAAGCUUCUAUUACUUUAUUUUCAAAUCCUUCAAUAUUAGACAUAUUAAAAUUUUUAAUAGGAUAUCGAUCAAAUUUGCCAGAUUUAUUACCAAAGUUGCCGGAAUUGCCAAAUUUUAAUGAUAUUAAGCUGGAUCAAAACUAUUUUGUAAAAAUUUUAAUCAAGCCAUUUAAAAUAAUUGGGUUCAAUGUUUCUGCAGAGGAUAAAAAAACUAAUUACAAACUCUUGAAAAAACCUUCAAUAACUUUACAACCUGUUGGAAUAUCAAUCAAUUAUACAUAUGAUAUCGACGGAAAAAAAGAAAAACUUGAAGGAAAAGUAUAUGGGACAUUUAUGUUGGAUGAUACGAUAGAGCUCAAAUUAGAAUUUGCAAGCUCAAAAACUAAAGAUGAAGAUAUAGUUGUUGCAAGUAUGGAAUCUAAUGUAGGCGAAGAAGAUUCUAUUUAUAUUUCAAACAUUGUUAAUACGUUGAUAGGUGAUAAUAAAGGAUGGUCGAGUAAAAUUCCAAUAGAAAUGAGAUCGCCAAAAUUCAUUGUAAAAUCUCAACCAGUUAUACUAUCUGAAUUAAUCUUGUCAACGAAGGAACAAGCCUACCUUUAUAUUAACUUUUCCAAAAAAUCUGUUGCACUAUAUGCAUCAAUCAAAUCAAUCGGUAAUGCUUUACUCUUAGUCAAAAAGUCAAAUACAAAGACUUCAACUGACAAUGAAUUUGGAUACAUAUGUGCCUUAAAAACACCAAAUGAUUUUAAAAUUGAAGAUUUAUUUAAAUCAUCUAACAUUGUGUCUAAUAUUGAUGAGAUCCUGCAUUUAACACAAGCAAAUCUUGUGAUUGUGUCAUAUAAAGGCGUAAUAUUUGAGAAGGCUAAACAAGAACUAAAUGAUAUAAUCAAAGAUCUCAAUUAUAUUUUAAAUUCGGAUGAUAAAAAUUUUAAAGACAAGAAACAAAUUAAAUUUGAGGAUAUUAUUUCAAUUAAGUUGCCAGAUAGGUAUCAACAGAGAUUAGUACAAGGUGCAAAUUUAUAUGCAACUUUAGAUUAUGGCAAGGAUCAAUCGGUUUUAUUAAAAAAUCUUUGUGCAACGACAAAUUUAAUUUCCACUUCGCAAAAAAUAUUGGUUGAAUUAUCUUUAGACACUAAAUCAUUAUUAUCUAACAGCGAAUUUAAAGCAGAAAUCGAAAAUUUAAUACUUUAUGGUGGAUUGAAUUUCGAAUUAAUUUCAUUUUCUUAUAAGCCGAAAAGUAGUGAAUCUGAAUUAAUUAUUUCCGGAGAUUUGAAUUUUAAAACACUUCUUGGUACAGAAUUUAAAAUUAAUGGAAGAUUGGUUAUCAAUGAAGGAAGCUCAUCAUUUAAGGCAGAUUCAAAGUUAUUAAAAUUACAAUCUAUUGAAAACCCAUUUGGAAUGAGCGGAAUAUGUAUUAAAGAAAUAGAAUUUGACAUGAAUUUCGAUUAUAAAAACGAUUUUGUCAUAAUAGAACCUACUAAUAUGUCAUUUAAUAUGACAUUUAAUAGAAAGUUAAAAAAUAGUACACAUUUAAAAGGCAAAGUCAGGUUUAAUUCAGAAAAUCAAAAUAAGGAAACUAUUUUUGAGGGACAAAUUCUAUUUGUAAACGGGACACCAUAUGUUUGCAGUAUAAGCAUUAACAAAGAAAUCAAAAUUACACAUUUACUCGCUAAAAUACUUUCUGUAAAAUGGCCUACCGACUUUCCCGAUAUUAUUUUUAAUGAUGGAGAGAUUUAUUAUAUGCCCGCAUACCUUCCUAAAGAUGAAAUAAUAAUUGACAAAAAAGUUUAUAAUAAAGGAUAUAAUAUCCGAGGUCAUAUAAAUUUCUUUGAAAUAGUCAAUCUUUCAAUCACUGCACAAAUAAAUAAAGGAAUAAAGAUUCAAGCGACAGAAAGUAAUAAUUCAGAAAUAGAUUUGAGAUUUAUUAAAAUCACUAAAUAUAAUUUAGCAAUAGAAUUAAGCAAAAGUAAUCACAGCAUUGGUAUUGAUGGUUGUCUCAAAUUAUUUGACAUGAACCCUGCAGAAUUUCAUUUAAAUUAUAAAAAUGAAACACGAUGCCUUGAGGGAGAAAUUAAAAUGAAAGGAUCUUUGCUUGGAAUAGAUAAUCCAACAAUUAUGGGAUGUUGGUCUAAAGAGAAUAAAUUUAGUAUUAUUAAAUGGCCGAGCUUUUGUGAAUUAAUUUGGAAGACGGCAGAAUUUGCAAGUCUUAUUGAAGAAGCUUCAGUUGGUUUAUGCGAAGAAGUUAUUUCCGAUCUUAAAUUGAAUGAAAAUUUUGAGGGACAUUUCGAAAUUGAUUUAAAACAAAUUGAUACUCAAAGUGAAAAUUUGGUUUCUUUUCUAAUUACGGGAAAAUAUUUAAUUAGAAUUACAAAUGGAAGAGAAAAAUUAACUGCAAUUGUAGAAAUUGAUAUUCCCGCAGCAAAAUUUUUACGAAAUCUAUUAAAGGAUCCCAAAAAGUUUAUAAAGUUUUUAGAUGCUUUAGCAAUUGUUACUUUGGUUAACUUGAGCGAAGAUACUUUAAAGGUAUUCAUAUGUUUUGCUGGAGUUGAAAUAAAUAACUUAGCAAAAGAUACAUUAGAUGCAAUGAAGAAACGUGCCAAAAAUAUUUUAGAAAAUAAGCGACCUAAAAAUAAGCCUAUAGAAAAGGACAUUUUAGCAAUUGAAGAAGCACAAAUGUUAAGUAGUGCAAUAGAUUUGGCUAACCUACUGCUUUUAAUGACUGGAGAGUGGAUUGGAUAUUUUAGUUCUGCUAUCAUUUUAUUAAAAAGACUCUAUGGUGAUCAAUCCAAUGAAGUAAAAGAAAUUGAAAAGAAAAAAAGCGAAAUGGAAAAAAUUGAGAAAAGGAUAAAAAAUGCAGUAGAAAGGUUUUUAAAUAUGGAAUAUUUAACUCCAAAGUUGAAAUUUGUUACAGAUAACGCUUUAAGAAUCAAUUGGAAUAUUCCUCUAAAUGCAGAAAAUGAUAAAUUAGCUAGGGAAAUUCGUUAUAAACUGCAUAUUAAUAUUUUUGAUAUCAAUUUUUUUGGAAAAGAAAAUAUCAUUACUAUUGGUAAAGAACAAAUAGAAAGUGAUAAAUCGAAAUUAUCAUUUGUGUUGAAAAAUGAUUUACUAAUUAAAUGUAAAAAAGUUUCAGUCAAAAUAGCGGCAGUGCUUCAAUAUAGUGAUCAAACCUACUUAGGAUCUCAAUCAAAAGAAGGAAUAGCCGAGAAUGAACCUAAAUUAAUCCUCUAA